AUGACUAUAACUACUAAAGAACUUGAAAAGCAAGCUGAUGAAUUGAACCGUAUGAAGCCAUUAAUAGGAAAAUUAAAAGAAGAUCAUGCUCUAAUUCAAGCAAAAUUAAAUCAAUUUGAUGAUUAUAUUAAAACAUUUGAACAAUUAAAUCAAGAUGCGAUUAAAAUUAAAAAAAUAAUGGAUGAUUCACAAAUUAAUUGGGCUAAUGAUGAAAAAGAAUGGAAAGAUGUAAAAGAAAAAUUAGCAACAACCUCUUUAAAAGGAAAGGUAACAUUAAAUGUCGGCGGUGACAAAUUUCAAACAAGUGUAGAGACUCUGACAAAAGAGAAAGGGACAUUUUUCACAGCACUAUUCUCAAAACAAUGGCCAUUGGAAAAAGAUGAUGAAGGUUGUGUAUUCAUUGAUCGAAAUGGAAAAUUAUUUACGUAUAUACUAGAAUAUUUGAGAACUGGUGAAGUACAUUUCGAUCAGAAAAAUGCGAUAUUGAGAAAAAGUCUAUCAAUAGAAGCAAAAUAUUAUCAAUUAAAUCGACUAAUAGCUCUCUUGAGUCUAUUCCCGGGCAGUACCCUAAUUACAGAAGAGCAAAGUUAUAAAUUAAAUGACUUUUAUGGUAAUACAAAUCAACAGUGGAUAUUACUCUAUAAAGCAACAAAAGAUGGAUUUGAUGCAGCAUCAUUCCAUCGUCUCUGUGAUGGAAAAGGACCAACAAUGACAAUAAUUCAGUCAAACAGUAA